AUGGCCACUUCCACGCUCAGCAUCGGCACAUCCUCAUCCGCGAGCUUCCGCGUCAAAUCCACCGACCUCGCCAGCGCCAUAUCAACGGACCCCCAAGACGAAUCCCCCUCCGUCUUCGCGACCUCCCGCCUCGUUGCUCUGAUGGAAAUCGCGAGCGCCCGGGUGCUCAAGCCGUAUCUGGAGCCUGGCCAGCUGUCUGUAGGGGUGACUAUUGACGUCUUACACACCACCCCCACGCCUGGCGAUGCCUUGGUGACUGUCGAAGCCACAUACAGAGGCAAGAAAGGGAAGUUGUUCGUGUUUGAUGUUGUGGCCUCAGACGAGGGCGGCGAGGUUGGUGCGGCGGUGCAUAAACGGGCUGUCGUCGACGCGCAAAGACUUCUGGCUGGGGCCAAGAAGAGGGUGACGUGA